CCUGAGGAAGAGAGACAAGGAGGCAAAGGAAAGGGAGAAAAAAAAAAAGCCUGUGUUUUCAUUCAUAACUUUUUUUUCUUCCCCUUUUCCCCUCCUCUUCCUUCCUCUCCGUCAGCGCCGUGAUCCGCUCCGCUCUGCUCGGGGCGCAGAGGGCGCCGCGCCGCCGCCGCCUGCCCGGGGCUGCGGGGAGCGGGGCGGAGCAGGGCGGGACGGGGGCGCUGGCGGCGUGUCCGAGCGGGUGUGGAGAAGGGGAGGGAAGCGGGAUCCCACCCCCGAGGUGCGGGGAAGGAGCGCAGCCCCGGGUGCAGAACCGUGAGGGCUCUCGCCGCCUGCGCCGAUUUCAGAUGCAUGCCAGGUUCCCGCUGAAUGCCAGCAGCAGAGAUCACUACAGAUGGAGCCCCAAAGUCAGCACGGCAGCGGCGGCUCCCUGGUGGUGAUUCAGCAGCCUUCCCUGGACAGCCGGCAGCGCUUGGACUAUGACAGGGACAGCCAGCCCACGACCAUCUUGUCACUGGACCAGAUCAAGGCCAUCAGGGGCAGCAACGAAUACACCGAGGGGCCGUCGGUGGUGAAAAAGUCGGGUCCGCGGACGGCGCCAAGGCAGGAGAAGCAUGAGAGGACUCACGAGAUUAUACCGAUUAAUGUGAAUAAUAACUACGAGCACAGGCCCGGCCACGCGGGGCACGUGGUCCAUCAGCAUAACACCAGGGCUCCCGUCCUGAGCCGCUCCACCAGCACGGGCAGCGCGGCCAGCUCCGGCAGCAACAGCAGCGCCUCCUCGGAGCAAGGGCUGCUGGGGCGCUCGCCGCCCUCCCGGCCGGGCUCCGGCCACAGAUCCGACCGGACAAUCCGGGCGCAGCCCAAGCAGUCGGCGCUGAUCGCGGACGAUCUGAAGGGGCCUUUGAAAGAGGACUUGACGCAGCACAAGUUCAUCUGCGAGCAGUGCGGGAAGUGCAAGUGCGGGGAGUGCACGGCGCCGCGGGCCCUGCCCUCCUGCCUGGCCUGCAACCGGCAGUGCCUGUGCUCGGCCGAGAGCAUGGUGGAGUACGGCACCUGCAUGUGCCUGGUCAAAGGGAUCUUCUACCACUGUUCCAACGACGAUGAAGGGGACUCGUACGCGGAUAAUCCCUGCUCCUGCUCCCAGUCACACUGCUGUUCUAGGUACCUGUGCAUGGGAGCCAUGUCCUUGUUCCUGCCUUGCUUGCUCUGCUACCCUCCGGCCAAAGGAUGCCUAAAACUCUGCCGGGGGUGCUACGACCGCGUCAAUCGUCCGGGGUGCCGGUGCAAGAACUCCAACACGGUCUAUUGUAAACUGGAGAGCUGCCCCUCCCGGGGUCAGGGCAAGCCCUCAUGAUUUUGGGAGGGAGGUUUACUUCCUCCAACUUCAGUUUUUCAGGUUGUAGCUGAUUUUUUUUCCCUGCCCCCAUCUUUUCUUCUUCCCCCCCCUCCUCUCCCAUUUUGGGAGGACUGUUGCUUUCCUUUCCUUUCUGUCUGCCCAGCUUCAGACACAUGAGCUCUUCCCCUUGCAUCUUUGCUCUCCUCCUCCUACUGACUUGGCUGAGUGUGGAGCGUUUCACGCAGUCGCUGCUGCUCUUUGGUAAGUGUGGACCUGGGAUCUGCACCUGCCGCUCCUUCGGGCAGGGUCUUUGAGUUUGUAACUGAACCACUCCUGAAAGAGACAGUGAGGGCUCACUGGGCUCUUGAAGCUUCUUGCUCUGUGAAUAUCUUCCCAAAGAUGUUUUUUUUUUGUUCUCAGCAAGUUACGGUUUUUUUCUCCUUAACCUCCUGGGUGCCAAGGAAGAAUAAUUUUCCUGAGUGAGCUGGAUUGUGAAAUAACUUUUUGUGUGUGUUCUUUCUGGAGAGGGAUGUAAAAUAAAGGCUUCACCAAAUGAAAGGCCUGACUCUUCUAUAAGCAGCCUGCUUCUUUUUGCAUCUUUUUUUUUUUCUCCCUCUCCUUUUCUCUUAACUUUUGGAACAUUCUCAGACCUGAGAAUUCCCCAGCCUUUUUUUUUUUCUUUUUUUUUUUUUUUUUUUUUUUUUACAUUUUCAAUGUAACUUCAGUUUUUGCUACACUGUGUAGAUCUUCACAUUGGAGACGUUGUGGCUGCAACAUACUCAUUUGUUUCUUUUGCUGUCCAGUCUUUGAAGGAUAUUGCGUAUUCCACCCUCCUAAUCCAGUUUUUAUAGUCUGUCAGUAUCAGUUGAUAUUAAAGUUGGUGGUGUUCAUAUAUCCAAACAGCCUUCAGGUGUCAUUGAGUCACCUAAAUGUUCUUGAAUCCUUCAAGUCUCUUGUGAUCCUUUGGCUUAGUGAGUUUAGCUCUGCUCUGUACUUUAUAAUUUUAUUCUGUCCCUGUUUUAUUGCCUUAGCCACAAAUUGUGGUCCUUUUUUGUAUAUUUUAUGUAUAAAACACAAAGUUGAAUCCCAACUAUUUUUAAGACAAAAGUCUGUUAAAACUUUUUUUAUUGUAAAGAAUAUUUAUUAUGUGAAUCUCUAUUAUUUUAUGAUAUUUAUUGCAAAAGACUUCGAAAAUGUACUCAUGUCUGAAUAUAACAAAAUAUCAAUACUUAACGAAAUAAGGAUGACACGAAGAAAGUACAUAUGUUAACUAUAAUGCAGAAAAUAUAUUAAUUAAUGAAAACGCCUCUGGAGUUCUUUUGUUACAACUGGCAGGUUGUGAGCUACCUGUGUGUAUUGCUGGGCUGUUCCUCCUCCUUCAGGUCUGUCAGGUGGCAAAUAACCUCCUAUUGAUACUUCAAAGCCACUAGUCUGUGCUCUAGUUUAGUUUACCUAAUUUUAAGUUCAAGCCAACUAUAUAUCAAAUAAGGGAUGUUUAAUACAAUUGAAUUUGUGUUGUGCUUAACAGUGCCAAGAAAUGGAGGCUCUAUUUAUUUACCAAAGCAUUUGGAAAUACAUUUGUGGAGGAGGAAACCACAACUUCCAAGUUGGUUUCUUUUUUGGUGUUUGUUUUGUUGUUUUUGGUUUUUUUUAAGGAAUACCACAUUAACAUGCAAAGCCAUUGAAAAUUUUCCUAUAUAGAACUUCAUGGCUGGUUAAAUUGUGCGGCAGUUGAAGAAUUUAAUCUCCCCACCUCGAUUCUAAAUAAAAAGUUUGGAGCCAGGAUGAAAAAUAGUGAUUGUGUUGCUGUAGUUUGGUAGCUUUGAAAUCUGGGAAUGUGUGUGUGUGUUUGGGCCUAUGUCUAUGACUUAUUUGGGUCUUUUCCCAUAUGUUUUCCAAUGUCAACUGAGUCUUCUGUCUUUAAAUUAAAGGCUCUUAAGGGUGACCUAAGUGUCACAGCUACUUGUGGCCAUUUAACACACAUUCAACAGAAAAAGCUUUUCAUUAAGAGUGAAUGGGGAGACCUCAUUCUUUUCCUCAUGUGGGUCAAGGUUACAUCACAAUUCUCCUGAACUUUAAAAGUUUUAAAUGGAUGAAAUUUCACAUGGUGUUCAGAGUAAGUGGUUCUAGGGAAACUCCACUUCAGAACAGAGCAAUGUCUUGACAAAUGUGUCAUAUCUUGCUCUUUUUUGAAGUCCUGCUGCUUUGAAUUACCAUAUUCAAGCUGCUCUAAUCCCAGCACGGUGGUGAUUUGAAUAAGCUCGCCUUUUUGUAGUUAAUUCCAUCCCAGGUGAUGCAGUGUCAUGGAACAGGGCUGACUGAGAAGCUGCUUUUAUAUUAAGCAGCACAGAUGACCCCUGAGAGGAACAAAGAGAAAUCAUCAUCUGAGUACAUCUAGGAGGGCUUUGCAGGGCGGUGCUGCUCCUCUGUGUGACAGAAGUGACAGGCUGGGGGGCAGCACCGGAUGCACACGGAUUCUGCUUUCCAAGAUUUCCCGAAAGGAAGCAGGAAUUUCCAGGAGGGAUAUGUUCCUGAGGAGCAGGGACUUGCGCUCCUUCGCUGUCACCACGCGUCUCGAAGAGCGACAGCUGCAAAUGGCCCCGCGACACAAUGGGGGCCUUGUCCGACGCUGGCCAGGGAUGUCCACUGGUAACUGCGUGCUGACACCCGGGAACGCGGAGCCAACUGCCUCCACUGCUGGAUCACAGCCAGCCCCUGCUCAGGGCCUUUGCUCCAAGGGUGCUGCCCUCUGUCUCCUUUUUCAGCCAGUGACUGACUUAUCUGGGGGUUUGGGUUGGUUCCUAGCAGAAGAGAAGAAAUCCCAAAGGACCCACGUGUUCUCCAUUCUUUAAUGAUUGUCUUCCAUCAGGAGCCAUGUUGUGACACUGUUUCAGAUCUCUGUUUUAAAACAACAGCUACACUCUAGUUAGUCAUACUAAUGCUCCCUUUACUAAUCAGAUUUUGGGUAUAACUUGAGGUUGCAGUGCCUCUAGAGAAAAAAUUUACUUGGACCUACACAGCAAGGAGAAGAAAACAGUUCCUUGCGGGUCUUACAUGGUUUUCUAAUUGCCAGGUAGAGCAGACAGUGUUAGAAAAAUGAGAAUAACGUGUUUUUCUCUAGGGUUGGAUGCUGUAUGCUUUGUAUUUAACAUACAAAUGUGUGGGUGCACAGUUUGUGUUAAUUGGGAGUAGGGCUGCAGCUCAUCCCCAAUGGGCCACAGCUGUGCAGAGCAGGUGAGCAGCAGUGAGGGUAAGGAGUGCCCAGGGGCACUGACCAACCACCAAAGGGAGCAGAGGGCACACAGGGGCAGGGCAUCAGCAUCAGGGGAUAAAAGGCUGGGCUGAAGGGCAAGAAGGGCAGAUGCUUGCAGCCUUCUGAAGUGACAGGGUGUUACUCUGUGUGGGCAGACACCAGAGGCCUUCUGAUGAGGUAAGGUGUUAUUCUGUUUGGGCAAGUGCUGAAAGCUGCCUGAAAUCGUGUGGUGAUACUCUGUGUGUCGCGGCCGUCUCAACUGCGACACAAAUCUAUCCGAGCUCGCUUCUGACUUCUCUGGAACGUGAGGUCAUUGCGCUGUGCCAUGGAAGGGGCUGGGGAUUCGUUCAGGCAGUUGGAUUUUGUGGUGUAGAACCACACAGGCUUGGAUGGGAGCAUGUGAAUUCUCUUUCUGCCUGAAAGAGCAGAGUAAGCUGACAGCUGGAGGAAGUGAAGCUGUGAAGCUUCCACAGCCUGAAGAGACACAGGUUGCUUUCAAUGUGCCCCAAGUGGUCAGCUGCUGUGUCUGUUCCACUGUCCACAGUGGAAUGGCCAUCCAAGGAUGCUGUGUUGUGUUGGAAGGGGGGUUGCUGAGGAGAUUUCCAGCAAUUAGGGUACUGAAGUGCACAUUUUAGUCCUUCAACCCCAAAUUUAUCAGGGGGGCUGCUUGAGGUUACUCCUCCAUGUCUGCAGAGCCUAUUGCAAUGUGGCUCAUAAAAAUUACUUUUUUUCCUGAUAUUUCUGAAAUCUUGUUUUGAGAAGCCAAGAAUUUUACAUUUAUGUUUUACACUCUGUGUAAAAUAAUGAUGGUGUAAUUAGGCAGUAAGUUCAGCUGACCUACUGACCUAAUUGCACGGGUGGGUGAUGGAUUUGGCCGAGGCUGCCAUCUGGUUCCAACAGCGAAGGCCUCAGACAUGUAAGGUCUGGGUUGAAGGAAAAAGGGAAGUCCAGCAAGCUGGAAUUCUCACUUUGCUUAGUGUCUCGAAACUUGUGGUAAGAGAUGAGUUUAGGAAACAGUAAUUUAGCAACAAACACAAUGGAUAGAUAAAGUUUCCAUGUUCCAUGCUGGAGGAUUCCAUGGCUGAAAUGAGAAUUUGCCCUCAGAGUUGGGGUGUUUCCAAAGACAGCUCCCUUACACCAAUGCUGGGGUGGGUGAGGGCGUUAUGCAAGGGGGGAUAAUGCCUAGCAAAAAAAAGUGCUUGCUCUUAUUUACAGUUCCAUAUCAUAAAGACAGGUGGGAGAGGAUUAGCUCUUCUGUCUGUGAUAAAGCAAAUCUGUUAAGAGGGAUUAAAGGGGCUAGAUGAAGUGUUUUAAUGGACUUAUAUGAAGUAAUAGAUUUUUGUCCUGGAGGAAUGUUCAGGACUCACUGAUACUUCUGCAUUUCUUGUUCUGCUAAAAUUACCUCCAAAUUCUAAGGAAUCCUGAUUAAUCGUUGGCUUUCUUCCAGCUGGAGCAUUUGUGUCAGUCAUGGUGGUGCUUCAGAAAAAAACCUGGAAUAAAAUUCUGUUGUGCUGUCACACAGCUGGAUUUAGCAGCCUUACACAGCACGUGGGGCCGCAGAGGUCUUGUUCUGAUGACCCUUCAUUUGCAGGGCAGUUUGCUUUUAGGGCAGCUCUUGAUCAUUCGUAGUUCUUCCCUGUGGUUGUCUUUCACCUUCCUCUGGCUGGUGGGAGGAGCCAAGGCAUGGCUUCUUCCCUUGGCAUUAGUUGCCCAGCCAUGAGGAGCCUGUGGUAAGGAGCUGCUCAAAAAGGUCACUUGAAGGAUCUGCUCAAAAAACCUUGUGAUCUCCAGAGUGAUGUUUACAGCUUGGUUUAUGUUUGUGAUAAAUGAAUGCAGUGCAGCUGGUUUUCUCAGGAGCUGCCAUUCCUGCUCCUCCUGGUGAAGCUUGAGAUAUUGCCUCAUUUACUUUCCAAUAAAUGCAAAUUCAGGAAAGUGUCCCUGCAAACCACACAUGGCUUGGCUUUUUAGUUUAAGUAUGUAUGGGUGAGACACUAGUCUUAAUGAAUAAAUUUUGAUUUUAGCAUCAAAAAAGAACCAGAAAUUCACCUGGAUUUUGUAAUAUUCCUGAUACAUGCGUGGGGCAGUGUUAUAAGAGAAACAGUGUGCUUCCAGGGGAAGUAGAUAUUCCAAAAUUAGCUUGUAAGUGUGGUAGCUCUUUAUUUUGGAGCAGAGAAGCAUCCAUUUGGUCAGUCCUUGGAGGAAGGUGUGCCUGAUAGCCAUGGCUCUGGCCUUGUAAGCACGCCCUGUUUUGUGAACCUUUGUCUACACGUUGGUUGGGUGCCCCGACCUGAAAACAAACAUCCUGCAGAACACGAUGUCAGGAGGCACAAACAGCCUGACAGAGGCUCUGCCCCCAGGGGCUGAACCCCAUUGUGUUUGUGCAAGAAGGAGCACAAUGGCACAUCCUGCCUGACCCCGCAGGGUCGCUGCCAGAGUAUGAGUGGGUUUAUUCCAUGGAAUAUUUCUUCUGAAUGGAGCUGAUGGAUUUACACCAGUGAAUGAGCUGGCCAGGCGACAGUGCUUGCACUGCCUUAGGAAUGCCCAGUGCUCAUAAAUUUGAGGAUGUUCUUAGUUUGUGGGAUAAAGUGACUGUGAGAAGUAGCUGGAGCUCCCUAAAUAGGCUGAAAUUACAUAACUGAUUAACUACUUAAUGUCUAUUUUAAAUGCAACCUCCUGUUUUCUGGCACAUACUUCAAUUUCCAAACCACCUGAGAGUUCUUGCAGUGCUGUGAGGAUUCCUCUUCCACACUCCAAGCAGGAGGAAGAGAUGAGUUUACCUGGCCUGGUGAAGGCUCUCUCCAAAGCUUCAUUUCUUCUCUGAUGUCUGAUCUGUGCACUUGGAGAAGCACACUUCCAGAUGAAAAUGAAUAAACUAGUUGCCUGAAAGGAAGGGGGAAGUGCUGGAGCUUUCCUCUAACCUGGAUAUUGGG